UUUUUUCCAAGUCACAUAUUCUACCAUGUCUACCUCAACGGCUACACCAGCUGUGCCUCCGACCACCGGCAUGCGGAAAAAUGGUAAAAACUGGCAUGGAACCAAGAAGGCUUUCCGCCCUACUGCGGGUUUGACUUCAUACGCUAAGCGUCAAGAGCUCAAGAAGCACAGCGAUGCUGUCAAGGAACUUGAACGUGAGAUGAAAGAGGAAGCCGAGGCUGAACGGAAGGCCCGUAUUCAGCGCAUCAAGGACCGCCGAGAAGCCAAGGAGGAGAAGCUACGUUAUGAGAAGAUGGCCGAGAAGAUGCACCACAAGAGACUCGACCGUCUCAAGCGCAGAGAGAAGCGCAACAAGCUGCUCAGCUCUUGAAGCUAUUCACGAUCUUCUCUAUAUCUCCGCCAUACCAUCUCUCCAUCUCCUCCAGGACUGCAUUGUGUGUAUAUACAUCGGCUUGUUGAGGCUUCUUCCUUCUUCCUUGUCCCUAGCGGGAAAGGCUGGACACUCAUUCCGGCGUGGGCUGUUCGAUUACAGGCGUUUUUUCUGAGGUUAGGUCAUAGGUCACUACUAGCGAGCAAGACAAAUGUUUUUCUAUAGUCACAA